AUGUCGUCCCUCGACGCAAAAGUACAGCAAUGGCUGGCAUGGGACCGCGAUCCAACUACACGUCAGGUCAUCGAGUCCCUGGCAGCCAAGAAGGAAACGGCAGAGCUGCGACGUCGCCUCGAGAGGCGCAUGAAGUUUGACACCGCCGGUCUACGAUCCACUAUGGGGGCCGGAAACGCUUACAUGAAUAGUCUCACUGUGCUGCAGACGGCUCAAGGGCUGGCGGCAUACAUGAAGCAGCAGUUUUCCCCCACGGAGCUCUUGCGCGGAAUUGUUAUCGGCUACGAUGGGCGACAUCACAGCCGCAAGUUUGGCGAGAUCACAGCCACUGUCAUGCAUCAGCAGGGCAUCAAGACGUACUUGUACGCCCACUGUGUCCCCACACCGUUCGUACCGUACGGGAUACGGUUCCUCAAAGCGUUAGCUGGGGUGAUGGUGACUGCUAGCCACAACCCCAAGGAGUACAACGGCUUAAAGGUUUACUGGACCAAUGGUGCGCAGAUUGUCGCCCCGCUUGACGCGUCGAUUGCAGCCUUCAUCAAGGCGAGCCGUACCCCACUCGAAUCGUCGUGGGCCCCGUUCACCGCGACCGAUCACGUAGACCCGUACGACGCCGUUUUCGAAGACUACUUCGCCACACUGCGCUCUUCCUACGUCCCGGCUAGCGACGCGUCCGCUGUGCGCUUCACCUUCACCGCGAUGCACGGCGUAGGCACUCGUUUCACCACAUAUGGGCUUCAGCACGUGCUGGGACUUCCUGCGUCGCACCUCAGCGUUGUGGCGGAGCAAGCCGAACCGAACCCGGACUUCCCCACUGUGCGGUUCCCCAAUCCGGAGGAAGGAAGGUCGGCGUUUGCCUUGUCCUUUGCGACAGCAGAGAGGCAUGGCGCCUCCGUCGUUUUGGCAAAUGACCCGGAUGCGGAUCGCCUGGGUGUGGCAGAGCGCCUCUCCGAUGGGGAGGGGUGGCACGUGUUGACGGGUAACGAAAUCGGUGCGCUGCUGGGGUGGUGGGCGAUGGAGCGAGCGCGUUGGAAGGGCAUCGCGCUCGACCACUGCCUCCUGAUGUCGACGGUCGUCAGCUCAUGUAUCCUCAAGACGAUGACGCUCAAGGAAGGGGCGCAGUACUCGGAGACACUGACAGGCUUCAAGUUUAUCGGCAACAAGGCGAUGGAGCGCAGGGCGAGGGAGGGGUUACAGACUCUCUUUGCGUACGAGGAGGCGAUAGGGUUCAUGUGGGGCGAUCGAGUGAUGGACAAAGAUGGCGUGACAGCUGCAGUGGUUGUCGCCGACCUCGCCUGCUACCUCCGAAAGGAGAGGCACUGCUCGCUGCUGGAGCACCUGCAGAGCUUGUACCGGCAGUACGGCUACCACUUCACGUACAACUCGUACGUGACAACCGAUGACCCUGCAAAGAUAGCGUUGCUAUUGCAGAGCAUUCGCACUGCGGUGUCGGGGAAGUACCCUACUCACGUGGCAGGGCGGCCAGUGACGCGUGUGGUAGACUUCGCAGCACAGGUAGACACAGCCGCGCCUUUGGGGCGGCCGUCUCUCGGCAAGACGUCCAUGAUCACCUUGCACGUGGACGGCGGCAUGCAGAUCACCAUCCGAGGCAGCGGCACGGAGCCGAAGAUCAAGUGGUACGCCGAGUUGGUGACCAAGGAUGCGGCGGGGCAGCAGAUGCUAAACGCGUUCGUAGUAAAGGCGAUACACCAGCUUAUGCAGCCGCACAAGUUCGACCUUGUCAUGCGCAGCGAAGACGCCGAGCUGUUUAGUAAGCUUUAG